GGAAUAUGCUAAAAAUAAUAUGAUAAGGAAAACAAAAAAUCGCUCAGGAGUUACUGAAACUAGAAUUGUGUCGUGUGCUGAAUGCGGAGAAGAAUAUUGCAAUGGCAAAAUGUGCGUCAUAACAAAUUACGAUAUGUUCGCUCGACUAAAAGUGGAAGUGGAGACAAAGACAUCACGCACACAAGCCACAUUGCCCCAGGGAGCGAGCAAGCUGCGCCGCAUGCGCCGGCGCGUGCGUCGCAAGCCGCGCAGCAAGAGUGCCGCACCCGCCGCCCUCGCCGCACGGAAACCACACGGCAACAAAUCGGGAGCUAGAAGUGAUUCAGAAUUGUAAUAUAUUUUGAGGAAUAAGGACAGAUACAAAACUUAAAAUCAUUUAGUUUUGCAAAUUGAAGGCCUGAUAAAUUUUCCUAUUGAUUAAAUUAAAAUUGAGCUACAAACAAGCAAAAUAGGAAACAUCAUAGACUACAGUCACACACACACACAACAUCACGCAUUUUAUCCCCGAAGGGGUAUGCAGAGGCGCAACCAUGGCA